UCCUCUCCAGGCGGACCUUCAAACUGCACCUCCACCAACAACAACAACACCACCACCACCAUUACCACCACCACCACCACCACCACCACUAACUCCCACCACCAGCCAGCCAGCUCGGUCGCCUUGCGAACAAUCUCCAAGACCGCCCCCUUUCCCGUCACCGCCACCUGCAGCCAAGUUGCUUUCAAAGCAAGAUUCAAAAACCCUCCGCAGAAAAAAAGCACUCCAUAGCACUCCAUAGCACCCAUAGCUCUCCAUACGAUCCGCUCCCCUUUCCCCUUUCCCCGCCUUCCUCGGCGCUUCCCCCCGAAAAACUAACUGCGGCCAGCCGGUAUUCAUCCGGACCCCAUCCCCCACCCCCAUCUGACCCCAGCGCUACCCGAUAGCUCGGCGGAGAGGCGUCUUAUCCGGCCGCUAAUCGGCCAUGCAAGGCGAAAAAAAGCGGAGAAGCAGGAAUCGAGACAAAGCCCGGCCCACUCUAACUACUAGCCCACCAUGCAAGCUCCUGCUGACCUGCACCAAUCCGUCGGGAACUUGGACGAGAACACCACUCGCCAACCUGAUCCUCCAAAAACACCACUGCCACCGCCAUCGCACACUCCGCUUCCUUCUUCAUACGCGACCCUCAAUCCCCCUGCGACCGCCACCGCGACCACCGUCCAGCCGUCCUUAAAGCGCCGGCGCGGCGACGAUUCUGUUGGCGCUGCAGCGACCGCCGAAGACACCCCCGGAGACCGCGAAAAAAUGCCAUUGCCACCGUACAGAAGCAAGGUCCGUGUGCUCGAGAAGUACCACAUCAUCGGCUUCAUCUCGUCGGGAACCUAUGGAAGGGUGUACAAAGCCCGCAGCCGCACGCCUGGAAACAAGAAGGAGUUCGCGAUUAAGAAGUUCAAACCCGACAAGGAAGGAGAAGUCAUACAGUACACCGGAAUAUCGCAGUCGGCAUGUCGAGAGAUGGCUCUCUGUUCCGAAUUGAGCCACGAGAACAUAAUCCACCUCCACGAAAUCAUUCUCGAGGACAAGUGCAUCUACAUGGUCUUUGAAUUUGCCGAACACGAUCUGCUCAAGAUUAUACAUUUUCACUCGCAGAAUCCCGAUCGCCGUCCCAUUCCCGAGGCCACUGUCAAGUCGGUGCUAUGGCAACUGUUAAACGGCGCUUCCUACCUUCAUCAGAACUGGGUUCUACAUCGGGAUCUGAAACCUGCGAACAUCAUGGUUACAUCUGCCGGCGAGGUGAAGAUUGGCGAUCUCGGCCUCGCUCGUCUGUUCUACAAGCCGCUGCAGUCACUCUACACAGGUGACAAGGUGGUCGUGACAAUAUGGUAUCGCGCCCCAGAGCUCUUGCUGGGAAGUAAACACUACACCACCGCGAUUGACAUGUGGGCGAUCGGGUGCAUCUUCGCCGAGCUGCUCUCGCUGCGACCAAUCUUCAAGGGCGAGGAAGCGAAGAUGGAGAAGAAGAGCACGGUUCCGUUUCAGCGCAAUCAGAUGCAGAAGAUCAUUGAGAUAUUGGGAACGCCGACGAAGGAGCGUUGGCCGGACGUGGCUCAAAAUCCAGAAUACCACCAGCUCACUUCUUUCAAGCAGUAUGAUAAUAACCUCAAGGCGUGGUAUCAGUCCAUCAACCAGACGAAUCAGCAGGGCUUCAAUCUCCUAUCCGGUCUUUUGCACUAUGAUCCGACGCAGCGCCUUUCCGCACAGCAAGCACUGGAACACCCGUACUUCCAGGAAGGCGCGAAGUUGUCGUUGAACGCAUUUGAGGGUCAAACCUUCGAGUACCCGAACCGCCGCGUCACCCAGGAAGAUAAUGACAUAUCGUUGCCCGGAACGAAGAGGAGUGGGUUACUGGAUGAUUCGAUUGCUGGGAAUAGGGCGAAGAGGCUGAAGGAGGGUUAGAUUUUAGUGCUUUUCGGAAAUUGGGGGCGUGAAGGCGUUCAGCUACAUACCGAUUUUAAUCUCGUCCUUUCUCGCCGGUUGCGGGGUCCGUCUGGGGACCCUGCGGACCGGAUACCUGGUGGAGGAGGCAUUGAGGGGGCAUAUCUCUAUUGUGAGAGAUCCUAUUGGGUUCUGUCUGAUUGUUGUGGGGAUUUGAUACUAUGUUCUGGGAGUUCUGGCGCACUUUUUCUUCUUUCGGUGCGGUGAUGGUUGCGAAACUUUAUCAGGAGAUGAUGGUAUCUCUUGUUCAGUUGAUUUUUGCGGUAUUUAAUUGUCAUUUGUCUGCGCACCUUCAUGGCUUCUAGUUAUGCUAUUGAAAGCAUCCGAACAUACGUUCUGCGUUGGUGUCGAUCACCACGAAUAAGAGCUCUCAAUGUCGAGAGGUUUCCUCCCCGG